UAGACGCCAUUGCGAAAGCACUGCAAGGGAAGCGGAUAGACUUAUUUCGAGUGACGGGGAAAAGUACAUAUAGAAUCAGUUAAAGAACGACUGUGAGCUACAACAGCUGACGAGGCUUUCAGAAUUGAAGUACUACUGUAGUGUGCAACAUACACAGCCGAAUUACUUUAUAUAUUGCAAGUGGCAGUCAAGAUGGCAUCAGACGAAGCUGCUUACAAGCCAGACAAAGAAUUAAUUCAGAAGGUGUUGCGCGAAUAUGAAAAUGAUGCAAAUCUCGAAGUCAAGUCUGUGGUCACAAGUCCUGGCUGCGAGAAAGGAGUCAACUACAUGUCAGUCAUAAAACGUCUUGUUGUCACAGGGACAACCGGAGCUGGAUUCGAUUUCAACAAAAGUUUCAUUUCCAAACAUCUGGCUGCGAAUGAAAUUCAUCAGGAGGUCUUUCAAAGUCAGAACUUUUUCGUCAACGAAGCUAGAAUGUACCAGACAGUGCCAAUGCUUCUCGGCAAGGAUCAGGAAAUACUUCCCGAUUGCUUGUUCACUAAUGUUAAACAGAUUAUCCUGGAAGACUUAAAACCACUAGGAUUCUUUCUCGAGGACAGAGUUAAGGGCUUAGACUUCGAUCAUACGAAAAUCGUACUCGAGGGAUUAGCCGAUCUUCAUGCAGCAUCGUUUAUCCUAGAACACAAUGACGCGGAAAAUUUUAACCGUAUGAAAACCAACUUCGUAGAAGCCUAUUUUCCUGACACGGAUCCUCCAGGUGUAGGGAAGAAUAUGAACGACUUCCCCAACUUUAUCGUCUUGUGCUUGAAAGUUGCCGCGACCUCAGAAGAUGACUAUUCGAAAGAGAUCGCCUUUAUGGAAGAGCACCAAGGAAAAAUUUAUGAUUUAAUGAAGGAACUAGUGAAACCUAAAGAAUAUUCGGUGGUGUGCCAUGGCGAUUUGUGGAUCAACAACAUACUUUUCAAGCACGAGGAAGUUAAGGGGAAAACGGUAGUCAGCGGUAUGCGAUUCUUAGAUUUCCAAGUUGUCAGAUUCGGGCCCCUGGUCACAGAUCUUCAGGGCUUCCUACACAGCAGUGUUCAACACGAAGUUCUAGUAGAAUAUUACGAUACUUUUCUUGAAAUAUAUUAUAUGAAACUGCGGUCGAAGCUGUCAGAGUUACGUACAAAUGCGUAUGAAAAAAUCACCUUAGAUUGGUUGAAAUGCGAAAUGCAGAGAUCGCAAAUCUACGGUAUGAUGGUAAGUCUUUGGCUCGCACCUGCGCUCUUAGCGAAUCUUGAAGAUAUUCCCGAUAAGUCAGCUAUUGCGAUGCACACGGCUGAGACCACAGCGGCUGUAGACUACUGGAAGCAAAGAUUGUCUCCACGGCUACUGCAACGAAUAGUGGAUAAGUGCAAAUAUUUUAUCAAGUAGAUCAUUGAUAUAAAGUAUACUGUUCGUUAAGGAAUAAAAAUAAAAAUUCCGUUUCAAGUGGGACCGUAUACAAAGCCUUCGGACAUACCGAUUGCUGGAAAAUAUUCUAACUAUGAUUAUAAUCAACCCGUUUAAAGACUGUAUUGAAAUGAUUAAAAUAAUGUCUUUUUGAAUAACCGA